AUGCACAUCCGAUCCACCCCACCUCUCCUCGUCGUCCUCACCGCCCUUGCCAUCUUUCUCGCCCCAGCAGACGCUGUCGGGGGCGACACUGUCGCCACCGGUGGCACCGGCGAUGCCACGGGUACGUUCCUGGUGGUCGUCUGCCGAGCCAAUGGUCCCAAGGAGAACGGCGAGAAGCUGCGCGAGUGGCACGCCUCGCUGCUCGCCUCCCUGCUGAACACCAGCGCCGGCGCGAUCCUCGAAGAGGCCCGGUCACCGGAGGGCGGGCAGCUCGUCUACUCCUAUCAGCACGUCGUCAGCGGGUUCGCCGCGCGGCUCACGACGCAGCAGCUGGACGAGCUGCGCCGGCUCAACUGGUGCGUCGACGCCAUCCCGGACGUCAACUACCGGCUCCGGACCACGUACACGCCGGCGCUGCUCGGGGUGAGCACGCCGCAGACGGGCAUGUGGGCCGUGGCGCGCAGCAUGGGGGAGGGCGUCAUCGUUGGCGUCAUCGACAACGGCAUCGACCCACGCCACGUGUCCUACAGCGACGAGGGCAUGCCGCCGCCGCCAGCCAAGUGGCGGGGUCGGUGCGAGUUCGGCGGCGCGCCGUGCAACAAGAAGCUCAUCGGCGGGCGGUCGCAGACGCCGGGGUUACACGGCACGCACACGUCCAGCACCGCCGUCGGCGCCUUCGUCAGGGACGUCCAAGUGUUCCGAAAGAGCAUCGGUGCGGCCUCCGGCAUGGCGCCGCGCGCGCACCUGGCGUCGUACGAGGUCUGCUUCGAGGACACGUGCCCGUCCACGAAGCAGCUCAUCGCCAUAGAGCAGGGUGCGUUCAUCGACGGCGUGGACGUCGUCUCCAUCUCCGCUGGGGACGACACGCAGCAGCCGUUCUACAAGGACCUCACCGCCGUCGGGAGCUUCUCCGCGGUCAUGUCGGGCGUCUUCGUGAGCACGAGCGCCGGGAACUCCGGCCCGGACUACGGGACCGUCACCAACUGCGCGCCAUGGGUGCUCACCGUGGCGGCGAGCACCAUGACCCGCCGGGCCGUCUCCAGGGUCAGGCUCGGCAAUGGGUUGGUGUUCAAAGGCGAGGCCAAACAGAGGUACAAGCCCGUCAAGAUAGCCCCGCUCGUCUACGUCUCGGGCGUCUUCGAAGACGGCUCCGCACUCAAGGCCGUCGACGUCCGUGGGAAGAUCGUCUUCUGUGACCGCUCGGAAGGUGCCACCAUUCGCGGCGAGAUGGUCCGCGCCGCCGGCGGCGUGGGCAUUAUCAUGUUCAACGACGAGUCCGAGGGCGGCGAGACAGAGCCCGCAGGGAACAUAACCAUCGCGGCGGCGCGCGUUAGCCAGGCCGACGGCGUGAGGAUCAUGGCGUACAUCAACUCCACGUCCAACCCUACCGCGAACCUCCAUUUCACCGGCGUCGAGCUGGACCCGUCCUACCGGCCGGCCGUCGCGGGCUAUUCUUCGCGAGGCCCCUGCAACAUGUCAAGCCUCGGCGUGCUGAAGCCCGACAUCACCGGUCCCGGCACGAACAUCGUGGCCGCCGUCCCGGGCGGGAACGCCAGCGCGCCCAGCCGCACCUUCGGCAUGAUCAGUGGCACAUCCAUGUCCGCGCCGCACCUCUCGGGGAUCGCGGCCGUGCUGAAGCGAGCGCGCCCAGGGUGGUCACCCACCGCGAUCAAGUCCGCGAUGAUGACGACAGCCGACGUGACGCACCCGGAUGGCAUGCCGAUCACCGACGAGAUCACCGGCGAGCCGGCGACACACCUCCUCAUGGGCUCGGGGAUCGUGAACCCCACCAAGGCAGUGGACCCGGGCCUCAUCUACGACCUCUCAACGCAUGAGUACCUCACCUACGUCUGCGGCCUCGGGUACAACGACAGCUUCGUCAACGACAUCAUCGCACAGCCGCUGCAGAACGUGAGCUGCGCAUCGUCCGGCAAGAUCGGGGGCAAGGACCUGAACUACCCGUCGUUCCUGGUGACGCUCACGGCGGCGGCGCCGGUGGUCGAGGUCAAGCGCACGGUGACCAACGUUGGCGAGGCCGUGUCGGUGUACACGGCGGAGGUCGUGGCACCCAAGACCGUCGCCGUCGAGGUGGUGCCGCCGAGGCUGGAGUUCAGCACUGUGAACCAGAAGAUGGAUUUCACUGUGAUGUUCCGCAGAGUUGCCAAUCCCGUCAACGGCACGGUGGAAGGCAGCCUGCGGUGGGUCUCCGGCAAAUACUCCGUUCGCAGCCCAAUCGUCGUUCUUGAUGGAACAUUGAAUUUGGUUUAG